GGCUCCGACGUCUCCUUCCUUCCUGGUUCCUGCUGCAGCUGCCGCCACAGCUCAGCUCUGAGAGCAGGGAGCGGGUGGCUCGGAGACCGUGACUCAGAGGCGGAGUGGUGCUCGGGCCAAGGAGCACUGGCGUCCAUGGACCCUGGGGGCCCCCUUAGGACAAGGUGACGUCCCUCCCCUUUUGCUCUCCGUCCACAGCAGGGAGUGGCCGCUCCCUUCCCCAUGGACUUCCAAGAGUGGGACCCUCCCUCCCUGGCUGAGAGCACUCAGUCUGCAAAGCCCAGCGGUGGCCAGCAGACCACCGAGCUGUGGGAGGUGGUGGAGGAGCCUCGGGGCCGGCUGGGGGCAGAGGGUAUCAUGCCUGAGAGGCAGGAAGGCCACCUGCUCAAGAAGAGGAAGUGGCCUCUGAAGGGCUGGCACAAGAGGUACUUCGUGCUCGAGGAUGGGAUUCUUCACUACGCGACAACUCGGCAAGAUAUCACCAAGGGGAAGCCCCAUGGCUCCAUCGAUGUCCGACUGUCGGUCAUGUCCAUCAACAAAAAGGCCCAGCGCAUUGACCUUGACACUGAAGACAACAUUUACCACCUCAAGAUCAAGUCCCAGGACCUGUUCCAGAGCUGGGUGGCCCAGCUGCGUGCCCACCGCUCAGCCCAGCACCUGGAUGUGCCCCGAAGCCUGCUGCCCAGCACCACCCACCAGAAGGUUCCCGGUGCCCAGCCUCCAGCAGCGGGUAGUGCCUCGGCUCUGCCAGGGGUUGGACCUCGGGAGAAGGUGUCUUCCUGGCUGAGGGACAGUGAUGGGCUGGACCGCUGCUCUCACGAGCUCUCGGAGUGUCAGGGCAAGCUCCAGGAACUACACAGACUCCUCCAGAGCCUGGAGUCCCUGCACCGGAUCCCCUCGGCCCCUGUCAUCCCCACACACCAGGCCUCGGUGACGACGGAGAGACCCAAGAAGGGGAAGCGGACCAGCCGCAUGUGGUGCACACAGAGCUUUGCCAAGGACGACACCAUCGGGCGGGUGGGUCGUCUCCACGGCUCAGUUCCCAACCUGUCUCGCUACCUGGAGUCCCGAGACCCCUCGGGCCCCCGAGGGCUGCCGCCCCCAGACUACGCCCACCUGCAGCGCAGCUUCUGGGCCCUGGCCCAGAAGGUGCACAACUCGCUCAGCAGCGUCCUGGCCGCCCUCACUGCUGAACGGGACCGACUGAGGGGCCUGCACCAGGGUUCGGAGCCAUCCAGGCUGGGGGUCUCUGAGACCUCGGCCGGCCCGAGGCGCCUCCACUCACUGUCCGUCUCCUCCGACACCACUGCAGAUUCCUUCAGCUCCCUCAAUCCCGAGGAGCAAGAAGCUCUGUACAUGAAGGGGCGAGAGCUGACCCCCCAGCUGUCCCAGAGCAGCGUCCUAUCCCUUGCUGACUCCCACACAGAGUUCUUUGAUGCCUGUGAGGUUCUCCUCUCUGCCAGCUCUUCUGAGAAUGAGGGCUCGGAGGAGGAGGAAUCGUGCACCAGUGAAGUCACCACCAGCCUGUCAGAGGAGGUUCUGGACCUCCGGGGAGCCGAGCGCUGUCAGAAAGGGGGAGCCGUGGGGCCGCCCCGCCGCCGAUGCCUGCCGGCCGCCAGCGGACCCGGCACUGACGUGAGCUUGUGGAACAUCCUGCGGAACAACAUUGGCAAGGACCUGUCCAAGGUGUCGAUGCCGGUGCAGCUCAACGAGCCGCUCAACACCCUGCAGCGGCUCUGCGAGGAGCUGGAGUACAGCAGCCUCCUGGACCGGGCCAGCCGCACCGCCGACCCCUGCGAGCGCAUGGUGUACAUCGCAGCCUUCGCGGUGUCUGCCUACUCCUCCACGUACCACCGGGCGGGCUGCAAGCCCUUCAACCCUGUCUUGGGGGAGACCUAUGAGUGUGAGCGCCCUGACCGAGGCUUCCGCUUCAUCAGUGAGCAGGUCUCCCACCACCCCCCCAUCUCAGCGUGCCAUGCGGAGUCUGAAAACUUCAUCUUCUGGCAAGACAUGAAGUGGAAGAACAAGUUCUGGGGCAAAUCCCUGGAGAUUGUGCCUGUUGGGACAGUCAACGUGAGCCUGCCCAGGUUUGGGGACCACUUUGAGUGGAAUAAGGUGACAUCCUGCAUUCACAACAUCCUCAGUGGCCAGCGCUGGAUCGAGCACUAUGGGGAGGUGCUCAUCCGGAACACGCAGGACAGCUCCUGCCACUGCAAGCUCACCUUCUGCAAGGCCAAAUACUGGAGCUCCAACAUCCACGAGGUACAGGGGGCCGUGUUCAGCCGGAGUGGCCGUGUCCUCCACCGACUCUUUGGAAAGUGGCAUGAGGGGCUGUACCGCGGACCCCCGCCGGGUGGUCAGUGCAUCUGGAAGCCCAACUCAAUGCCCCCAAACUAUGAGCGAAACUUCGGCUUCACUCAGUUUGCCUUGGAGCUGAAUGAGCUGACCACAGAGCUGAAACGGUCCCUGCCUUCCACGGACACGCGGCUCCGGCCAGACCAGAGGUACCUGGAGGAGGGGAACAUACAGGCGGCCGAGGCCCAGAAGAGAAGGAUCGAGCAGCUUCAGCGAGACAGGCGCAAAGUGAUGGAGGAGAACAACAUUGUCCACCAGGCUCGCUUCUUCAGGCGGCAGACGGACAGCAGCGGGAAGGAGUGGUGGGUGACGAACAACACGUACUGGCGGCUGCGGGCCGAGCCAGGCUACGGGAACCUGGACGGGGCCGUGCUCUGGUAGCCCAGGCCCCGGGGGCAGGAGGCCUUGGUCCUCCCUCCUGCCCCCACGGACACACGGACGAGGCCAGCCUGUCCCACUGGCUGCCCUGGAGACCGAAGGGGCAGCCCUGGCUCUGGCCCUCUCCCCUCUGCCGGCCAGAGGGGCUUCAUCUCAGCCUAUCACCCACCUCUUGUUUGGGGUGGAAAGCAGGAUUCGUGCUUCCCCAGUCUUGUUGCCCCCAGACAACCGGCAUGUAAGACCCUCCUUGCUCUGUCAUCCCCCUUCCUUCCCUCCCUGGGGUACCUGGGGGAGUCUCCAGGCCCUCCAAGAUCUUCCCCAUUUCAGUGCCUUCCUAGGACACAGGGGACCCCUUGAUGCUCCCCAGGCUUCCUUGGCCCAGGACUCCGGCCCCAGCUGUGAGGCUGUGAGGGUGGAGUGAGUGAAGGAGAGGGGAUGGCCUUUUCCCUUUUCCCACCCCCGUCCCUCCCACGCCCCAUCUCCAGCAUUUUCUCUCCAUGCCCUGGCCCAGGGGGGCUCCCUUUGCUUGGCCCUGGCAGUCUCUCCCAUCCUCCCAGAUCCCCUUCUCCCAAACCACAAAACGCCUGCAGCUGCCAGCUCCUUCAUCCCUGGUCCUCAAGUGGUUUCCUUCAGUCUCAGCUCAGCGGAUCCCCCCAGAGCAGGCGGGGCAGGAAGGGUACUUGGCCUCUGACCCACUGGGAGUGAGUGAACACGUGUGAGUGUCUGUGUAGAAGUGUGUGUGUGCGUGCACGUGUAUGCCUGUGUACUGCUUGCGGGCGAGCAGGAUUCCUCAUGUAGGCCGGACGUCCCCCCACCAGCGGGGGGAGGGGGUGUCUGCUGCCGUUGCUGCUCAUCUUACCAGUCUGCCUCUGAUAAAGGUGAAUUGCUAUGACAUUCCAAGCUCCAAUAAAGACUGUCUCAAACUUUG